GGGAGGAAUUGGUCUGUAUGCACCUGUAGGGGAGAAUUGCUGCACGUCCGGUUAGAUGUUUUGCAUUAGCUUCCCUGGGUUUAAUGACGACGGCGCGCGCAAGCCCAAGCCCGUGAAGCUGCAGCACGGCGUUGCUAGCCCCAAGCGCGCUGGGAUGGCACCAUGGCUGGUGUGCGGUGCGAACAGCCAGGCAGCGCCCGCGUGAAGAGGCCCAGGACCCCGAGAGCAGCCCUGCGACCCGUCCUGGGCGUCGACGACGCCGUUGGCAGCCCCAAAAGAGCCGCCAAACAACGGGCCCUUGGGCGCUCUGAUGGCGCAACCCAGGCGCCCCCACCACGCCGCGCAGGCCCCUGCCGCUCGUUGUGGCCGCUGCUCGCAGGGAGAGGUGCUGGAGAGCAGGCGGGAGUGCGUAAAGCGGCCCCGCUUGGCGUGCACAAGUGUCGGCUCGGCACCAGUAGCGCGGGGCACUCUACGGCCCCCGCCGCGCGUGCGUCGAACGUCUCGAGCGCCCGCCUGGCGUGGCCGGCCAUCGUGGACGGCGUUAUUCUGCGGAGCUGUGAGCGAGGUUGUGCAUGCCAAGGACGGUCCGUUUACAAGCUCCUCCCUGCCGCCCGCACCUGUGCAGUCCAGGUCCGCCAGGGCUGCAUCACCCCCAACCUCUGCCACCGCGUCGCCUGCGCUCCUAUCAUCGUGCUGCAUCGCGCUCGUCGUGCUCGUCGUGCUGCUCGUCGCGCUGCUGGCCCGUUUCCGCUGGCAUCGCCUGUGCGCCUAUCACCGGCCUCCUAUCAGUGCUGCUCGCACCCGCCCGCGCCGUGUCGCGACGUCCUCUCAACUCCUGCCGGCUGGGGAGCAGCGAGCUGCUAUUUCGAGACCAUCCCGCGUCGAACGGGGCACCGGAGGGGGGCGAGGGCUUGCAAUGGCAGCUGCCGAGACGUCCGUCAUGACCGCUUGGGCAAGACGAGGGCGCAUCCGAAUCUCUGCUCCCUCUUGUGUCUUUUUCUCACGACUUUAUAUGUCUCGAUGCAGCAGCCCGCCGCCACGACUCGCUGGCACACUGCACACUAG